AUGAUGGUUUCCGGCAGCCAAACCGUGUGUGUUACCGGUGCCGGAGGUUUCAUUGCUUCAUGGCUUAUCAAACUUCUCCUGGAAAGAGGUUACUUUGUUAAGGGAACAGUUCGAAACCCUAAUGAUCCAAAGAAUUCUCAUUUGAUGGAACUGCCAGGGGCUAAGGAGAGAUUAACUCUUUGUAAAGCUGACAUUCUUGAUUAUGAAAGCAUUCUCGAUGCACUCACAGGAUGCGGUGGAGUCUUCCACCUAGCCUGUCCAGUUGUCAAUGAUUCAAAACGAGUGCUGGAGCCAGCAAUAAGAGGAACCAUGAAUGUGAUGAAUGCCGCAGCAGAAGCCCAAGUUCUACGUGUGGUUUUCACAUCUUCAAUCGCAGUAACUUACUUGGACCCCAAUAGAAGUCCUAACAAGGUCGUCGAUGAGACUUGCUGGAGUGAUCCCACCUAUAUCAAGACCAUUCCGGACUGGUAUUGUUAUGGGAAGAUGCUGGCAGAGCACAAAGCAUGGGAGAUGGCAAGGAAGAGAGGGUUGGAUCUGGCGACUGUUAUCCCUCCAUUGAAGAUUGGUCCACUGCUUCAACCCAAUCUGAAUGCUAGUGUAGUUCACAUUCUCAAGUUUCUGAAUGGCAGGAAUAAGGUAUAUGACAAUGCUAUACAGGGUUAUGUUCACGUCAAGGAUGUAGCCUUGGCUCAUAUUCUUGUUUAUGAGAACCCAUCCGCAUCUGGGAGGUACCUUUGCCUCCAGAGUGUCCUUCCCCGAGCUGAGAUCUCUGCCAUGCUUCUUCAGAUGUUCCCUGGUUACCCCAUCCCUACUCAGUAA